CCUUUCAGUCUCCCCCUCACGCAUUGUUGCACCCCCCAAAAGCCAAUGUUUUAGACACUACCCUUUGUUAACUAUCACUUUCCAUGCUUCUUUAAGCUCACUCUUUGGUCUCUUCUGCUCUGGUCUGGUCUCACUUGGUGGUCCUUUUAUAUAUAUAUAUAUAUAUUACAAACGGAGGAUACUCUUUGGAAUAUUGGAGAGAAAGCAAAAAAGAAAUGGAUUGGAAUAACACUUUUCGACCCUUUGUUUCACGACCAGAACCUUCUCUUAACUUCCUUUAUAGUAACUAUAAUUAUGAUCAAUAUCCAGGUAUGGAGAUGAAGCAACAUCAAGGGUUUAUGGAAGUGGGUAAUGAGAUGGUUCUUCCAGGUUUGAAUAAGAACAGCUUCAACAACAACGUUAAUCAAGACAAGAAGAAGAGAUUGACAAGUGAUCAGUUAGACUCGUUGGAAAAGAAUUUCCAAGAAGAGAUUAAGUUAGAUCCCGACAGGAAAAUGAAGUUGUCUAGGGAACUUGGACUUCAACCAAGACAAAUCGCUGUCUGGUUCCAAAACAGACGUGCUAGAUGGAAAGCUAAACAGCUUGAACGCUUGUAUGAUUCGCUUAAACAAGAGUUCGAUGCUAUCUCCCGGGAAAAACAGAAGCUUCAAGAUGAGGUCAUGAAAUUGAAAGGAAUUCUAAGGGAACAAGUGACAAGGAACCAAGUCUCCACAGUUUAUACCGAAAUCUCCGGCGAAGAGACUGUCGAAAGCACCUCAAUCCGUAGCUCGAACAAGCCGAAGAUCGCCGGAAACAACCACCACCCCCACCCAGUCGCCGCGUGCAACUAUCUUUUCAAUGUAGACGAGUAUAACCCAGUUUCAUCCCCUUAUUGGGGUACUGUUCAACUGCCUUCUUAUCCCUAAUAAGCUAAUUAGUGACUUAAAUUAAUCUUUAAUUAGACAAUUAGCUUUAGCUUAAUUAGUGUUUUGUUAGUAAGAUGAGGGAAGAUAUGUAGUUGUUGAAAGCCAUUGUUGAAGGGCUGACAUAACAUUAAUGAGUAAUAUAUAUGUAUUGUAUGUACUAAAAUGUUUUAAAAAGCCAAAAGGCUGCUUUAAUGAAUAUUGGAUCAAGAGCUUGAACUA